AUGCCAACCACACCGACAUACCCGCCGCCCGAGGACCAGCACCAGCACCAGCACCUCCUGGCAGCUUCGUCUUUGCACGCCGUGCCCCCGUCCCCAUUCCUCAACCCUGAGCAGUUCGGCAUGCUUCCGCUCCCCGAGUCUCCCGUGGCUCCCAGUCUGCCUCUAUCACGACACCGGCACACACCCAAUGGGUGCCGUCGACGACGACUGUCCACUUCAAGACCGAGAAGGGCAAGGGGCGAGAGCCCUAGCUCCGUCCCCUGCCUCUUUUUUUCUAGUUUUUUUUCGACACUAUCGCUUGGGACCCCUGAUUUUGAAACAUUCCCUUUUAAUACUUGCUUCUGCAUCGACACAGACGCCAAUGUACACCACGCUCCUUUAAAGACAGACACCGGCCGAUACGAAGUCCCGAGCGAGCCUCGACUCCGUAUGCCACGAGAUUCCAACUAUAUACGAUACACCACCGCACUAAUCUACGACAUACAUUCCUUCCCGAUUCUCGAAGAUACCCCCUACACACAUCACAAAAUUUAG